AUGGUGUUCAACACUCCUGUUGUUGUUCGAGUCGCACGUUUUUCUGCUCACGCAUGGCAACGUUUGUCGUGCAUUGAUGAUCCUAUAAACAGUGAUCAGCUUUUGGAUCUUCUAUGCUGUUUUCCUCUUCAUCAAUUUGGUCGUUUUGCUCUUUGUUUAUGUUCCUUCUUUUGUAUCCCUCAACCCCAUUCUUUUUACUCUUCUUAUCUCAUCUCUGAUUCUGAUGAUUCUGAUGAUUCUGCUUCUGGUUCUUCGUCUUCUACCCUACAUCUUGAACAUGACUACUAUUACCACUCCCAUUCUGAUUGUAAGUUUUUCUCUUUUUUUUAA